AUGGCUAACAUGGAGGGAACUUGCUUCAUCAUGUGGCUAGUUACAAGUUUGGGAUUGCUUGGAGUCGUACAACCAAUGGCAGCAGAAGAUACUCAGUGUCAGAGAGCUGAACACCCAGUUAUCACCUAUAAAGAAAUUGUUCCUUGGUUACACGAGUUCAGAGCGAAGAAUGCUGUGGACUUCUCUCAGCUAACAUUUGACCCAGGACAAAAAGAACUUGUUGUAGGAGCCAGAAAUUACCUCUUCAGGUUGCAGCUUGAGGAUUUGUCACUGAUCCAGGCUGUAGAGUGGGAAUGCGAUGAAGCUACUAAAAGAGCUUGUUACAGCAAGGGGAAGUCUAAGGAUGAAUGUCAAAAUUAUAUUCGUGUUCUUCUGGUGGGAGGUGACCGGUUAUUCACUUGUGGAACCAAUGCUUUUACUCCUAUUUGCACCAAUCGAACGUUAAGUAAUCUGACUGAAAUACAUGAUCAGAUCAGUGGUAUGGCUCGGUGUCCCUAUAGUCCCCAACAUAACUCCACAGCCUUGCUUACUUCUGGUGGAGAGCUGUAUGCCGCAACUGCUAUGGAUUUCCCUGGAAGAGAUCCUGCAAUUUACAGAAGUCUAGGGGUCCUCCCUCCUCUACGCACUGCACAGUAUAAUUCCAAAUGGCUAAAUGAACCAAAUUUCGUAGCAUCCUAUGAUAUUGGGAACUUCACCUAUUUCUUCUUCCGGGAAAAUGCUGUGGAGCAUGAUUGUGGGAAAACUGUUUUCUCCAGGGCUGCCCGAGUUUGUAAAAAUGACAUCGGAGGCAGAUUUUUGCUGGAAGACACAUGGACCACCUUCAUGAAGGCUCGGCUCAACUGUUCCCGCCCUGGAGAAGUUCCUUUUUACUACAAUGAACUACAGAGUACAUUUUUCCUUCCUGAACUGGAUUUAAUCUAUGGGAUAUUUACCACUAAUGUGAACAGUAUAGCUGCUUCUGCUGUGUGCGUGUUCAAUUUGAGUGCCAUCUCUCAGGCAUUCAAUGGACCUUUCAAAUACCAGGAAAAUUCUCGCUCAGCUUGGCUACCUUACCCGAAUCCCAAUCCCAACUUCCAGUGUGGUACAGUAGACCAAGGCUUAUAUGUGAACCUGACAGAAAGAAACCUUCAAGAUGCUCAAAAGUUCAUUCUAAUGCAUGAGGUAGUGCAGCCCGUUACUACAGUUCCAUACUUCAUGGAAGACAACACUCGAUUUUCUCAUGUUGUAGUAGAUGUCGUUCAAGGCAAAGACAUGCUUUUCCAUAUCAUCUAUCUGGCUACAGAUUAUGGCACAAUUAAGAAAGUCCUGGCCCCGAUGAACCUGACUGCCAGCAGCUGUUUGCUUGAGGAGAUUGAGCUGUUCCCCGAAAGGCAGAGAGAGCCCAUAAGGAGCCUGCAGAUUUUGCACAGCCAAAGUGUUUUGUUCGUGGGUCUUCAGGAGCAUGUGGCCAAGAUCCCGCUGAAGAGAUGCCUCUUUUAUAGCUCACGCAGUGCUUGUAUUGGAGCCCAAGAUCCCUACUGUGGCUGGGAUGUGGUGAUGAAGAAGUGUACCACCUUGGAAGAGAGCCUGAGCAUGAGCCAGUGGGAGCAGAAUAUCUCGACAUGUCCAACAAGAAAUUUAACAGUGGAUGGAAAUUAUGGAGCGUGGUCACCAUGGAUACCUUGUACUCACACGGAUGGCAAUAUGGUUGGUUCUUGCCUCUGUCGGACUCGUUCCUGUGAUAAUCCUUCUCCUCAAUGUGGAGGCUGGCAGUGUGAGGGCCCAAGCAUGGAAAUUGCUAAUUGUUCCAGAAAUGGAGGCUGGACUCCUUGGACCUCUUGGUCACCGUGUAGUACAACUUGUGGCAUUGGUUUCCAAGUUCGUCAGCGUUCUUGCAGCAAUCCCACCCCUCGCCAUGGAGGCCGGGUGUGUGUGGGACAGAACCGGGAGGAAAGAUACUGUAAUGAACAUUUGCUGUGCCCCCCACACAUGUUCUGGACAGGCUGGGGCCCGUGGGAACGUUGCACUGCCCAGUGUGGGGGUGGGAUCCAAGCUCGCCGCAGGACCUGUGAGAACGGGCCAGACUGCCCAGGCUGUAAUGUGGAAUAUCAGCCUUGUAAUACAAACUCAUGUCCAGAACUGAAAAAAACCACACCUUGGACCCCUUGGACUCCCGUCAACAUCUCUGACAAUGGAGGCCACUAUGAACAACGGUUCCGUUACACUUGCAAAGCUCGACUGCCCGACCCCAAUUUGCUGGAGGUGGGAAGGCAAAGGAUUGAAAUGCGUUACUGUUCCAGUGACGGUACCAGUGGCUGUUCCACAGAUGGACUCUCUGGAGAUUUCUUGCGAUCUGGAAGAUAUUCUGCCCAUACCAUCAAUGGUGCUUGGUCAGCAUGGACUCCUUGGUCCCAAUGUAGUCGAGACUGCAGCCGAGGCAUUCGAAACCGUAAACGGGUCUGUAACAACCCUGAACCCAAAUAUGGAGGACUUCCCUGUCUUGGUCCAUCACUGGAAUACCAGGAAUGUAAUAUCUUGCCCUGCCCAGUUGAUGGAGUUUGGUCUUGUUGGUCACCAUGGUCAAAGUGUUCAGCCACCUGUGGAGGUGGACAUUAUAUGAGGACUCGGUCAUGCACAAACCCUGCCCCUGCAUAUGGAGGGGACAUAUGCCUUGGUCUCCAUACUGAAGAGGCCCUCUGCAACACACAGCCAUGUCCAGAUAGCUGGUCCGAUUGGUCAGACUGGUCUGAGUGUGAUUCUUCUGGAACUCAAUUCCGAGUCCGUCAGUGUAUCAUUUUAUUUCCUGUGGGCAACCAAUGUUCUGGAAAUACCACGGAAAGUCGAUCUUGUGUUUUUGAUUCUAACUUCAUUCCAGAAAUAUCUGUAGCAAGAUCCAGUAGUGUAGAAGAAAAAAGAUGUGGUGAGUUCAACAUGUUCCAUAUGAUUGCAGUAGGAUUAAGCAGCUCUAUUCUUGGUUGCCUUCUUACUCUGCUCAUCUACACAUACUGCCAGCGAUACCAGCAGCAGGCCCAUGAUGCCACUGUCAUCCAUCCAGUCUCACCAGCUCCUCUUAACACAAGCAUAACCAACCACAUCAACAAACUGGAUAAAUAUGAUUCUGUAGAAGCCAUCAAGGCAUUUAACAAAAACAACUUGAUCCUAGAGGAAAGAAACAAAUACUUCAAUCCACAUCUCACUGCAAAGACCUAUUCUAACGCCUAUUUUACAGAUCUCAAUAAUUAUGAUGAGUACUAAUAGCUCUUAUAUUUUUGGUCUCUUGUAAUUCCCCAGUCCCCCAAGGCCUGUGCUACAUGACUGCCCAUGUGUUUGAGGCUUCAGAGAUGAAGUUUGGAGACAUUUCAAGCACACCUCAAGCCAUCAGUGUCCCAUUGCUGCCAAAAAUAC